AUGAAUUGCCCCUCGCGCACCGAUGACGAUCUAGAGCAUCCGGGCUGGAACCAGAACCCUCCGACCUUCAGCCCGGACACCACUACCCGCAGUGACUUCAAUGGCAUUGCAAAUUCCCGCGUCCAUCGCAAGAGGCCUGGCAACGAUGGUGGUGCAAUAGGCGAUGACACCAUGUCCAUUGAUUCUCGCCCGCAAAGUUUGAACGAACCUGAUCUCGCCACCGAGAAGUCGCCGGGCGGCGAGAUGAUCGCGGCCUCGGGGUGCCAACCACCCUCGAUGACCGGCCGAUCACCUCGCCGUCCUUUCAACGAAUAUCUUUCAUCAUCCGCUCUGCACUGUGGCCGCAGCCUGGCCAAGUUCGGUCGCUUCAUCGGACCCGGCUUCCUGAUCGCCGUCGCCUACAUCGACCCGGGAAACUAUGCCACCGACGUUGCGGCCGGUGCGGAGUUCAAGUAUAAACUACUCUUCAUCGUUCUCAUCUCGAACCUAUUUGCCAUCCUCCUACAGUCCCUGUGCAUUAAACUGGGCACUGUGACUGGCCUGAACUUGGCCGAGAACUGUCGUGAACACCUCCCGCGCUGGCUGACUAUCAUCCUGUACAUCUUCGCGGAAGCUGCCAUUAUCGCCACGGAUAUUGCAGAGGUUGUUGGAUGCGCGAUUGCGUUGAAUCUACUUCUAAAGAUUCCACUCGUAGCGGGUUGCGCCAUUACCUUAGUUGAUGUCCUAUUUCUUCUCCUUUUCUACCGCCCCGAUGGGUCCAUGUGGGGGCUACGCCUUUUUGAAUUCUUCGUCAUGGCCCUGGUCUUGGGAGUCGUUGUCUGCUUUUGCAUUCAGCUCUCUCUGAUCAAAGACCAAUCAGUCGGAGAGGUGUUCCGCGGAUAUCUCCCAUCGUCGGCCAUCGUUCAAUCGGAAGGUCUUUAUCAGAGUUGUGGUAUCCUUGGCGCCACGGUUAUGCCCCACUCCCUCUUCCUUGGCAGUGGUGUGGUACAGUCACGCUUGAAGGAAUUCGAUGUCACAGCAGGCUAUGUGGAAUCCACCGUGCCUCUAGGGAGUAGUGAUGGGGAGGUGGAGUACCGCCCUACCCUACAGGCUAUUCGUGGCUGCUUGAAGUACUCAAUCAUUGAGCUGGCACUAUCACUAUUUACAUUCGCCCUGUUUGUGAACAGUGCCAUUCUCAUCGUCGCCGGUGCUUCUCUCUACGAUGUCCCGGGUGGCGCUGAUGCCGAUCUAUUUGGUAUCCACAAACUACUCUCCUCUUCUAUCUCGCCAGCUGCCGGCCUGGUUUUCGCCCUGGCACUCCUUCUAUCUGGUAUCUCAGCUGGUAUUGUCUGCACGAUGGCUGGCCAGAUGGUUAGUGAAGGCAUGCUGAAGUGGAGUAUUAAGCCAUGGGUGCGCAGAGUCAUCACCCGCUCUAUCAGCAUCAUCCCCAGUAUCAUCAUUGCCGCAGCUGUUGGCAGAGAUGGGCUGGACAAGACCCUCACUGCCAGCCAGGUUGUCCUGAGCGUUAUUCUGCCUUUCGUCUCUGCCCCUCUUAUUUGGUUUACUUGCUUUAACCGAUACAUGACUGUGCCCACCGAACGGACCGAGAGCGAUGGAGAGGUGUCGGUCGAGCAGGUCUCGAUGCGGAACCACAUUAUCACAUCGGUGAUUGCAGUCAUCGUCUGGAUCAUUAUUGUGGUGAUGAACGUGGCUCUCUUGGUGUUGGUGGGCAUGGGUAAAGCAUCUUGA